AGGGCAGCAGGUUGGUGCGUCCCCCCCUGCCUGGCCGCUGCCCAGAAGGCGCAGUGCUGGCAGCUGGCAGGAGCUGCCCUGCUGUUCCCCUUUCCUGUGCCUGCUUGCAAGUGGUCUCCUCAGCUCUGGCCGUGAGGCCAGUCUGUUUGCGGGGUGCCGGCAGGGCUGUGACCUGUCCUGGGGCUGGCUGUGCCAGCCCACCGGCGGCUGCCUCUAUGUCUGGAGCUGCAUCCCUCAGGCAGACGGUUCCUUUGUGUGCCUGGUGCCUGGCCUCUCUGGCUGUCCCCUCUUCCUCUCUCUGGGUCAGUUUGGUGGCGGCUUUGAUUAGGUUUGUGCCUUAUCUGCCGUGGGAGCAGACGGGAGGGAGGAAGGAAUUUAGACUGAGAGCGCAGUCACUCCUGAAGCGGGGCGUUCUUAGCUGUUUGUAUGCCAGGUACGAGACUGCUCGUAACUUUGCUUGAAAUGGGUGGGGCUGCCCAUGCAUGGUGGUUUGUGAAAUGCUUGUGGAUCGUGUUGGAUGCCAGCACUGUGGUUGUGGUGAUGCAGAAUGAGCCCUGUAGGCAAAAGGAUGGGGAGUGACCCUGAGGUGCCCAGCUGUGUUUGGCCAGAGACUCAGAAGGUUCCAGUGGUGUGUGUGACAGGCUCUUCUCUUCUCAGGUGAGCCCUCUGCUGAGGGAACGAACACUCUGUGCUCCCAGGUCAGGGAAACAUGUCCCGUCGGAAACAGACCACUCCUAACAAAGUUCACUGGGAGCAAGUCUUUGCAGGGCUGGAGGAGCAAGCCCGCCAAGCCAUGAUGAAAAACAGCUUUCCUGGACCUCUUGGGGACCAAAGGCCAGCCAUUCAUCCACUACAAGACCAUGACUCCAGCAGCAGUGGCAGUGAUGAUGAUGAAACCACCCAGGAUGAAGUUUCUUCCCACACUUCUGAAGAGGAUGGUUCAAUGAUAAAAGUGAAGAAAGAGUUAGAGAAUGCAGAAAAACCUGCAGCUGGAACCCCACUGAUGAGAGACAAUGAGCACACUGCAGCUGUGGUGAGCGCCAAGAGCUACAUGUGUCCUGUAUGUGGCAGAGCCCUCAGCUCACCAGGAUCCCUUGGGCGACAUCUCCUGAUCCACUCAGAGGACCAGCUGUCAAACUGUGCAGUGUGUGGAGCACGUUUCACCAGCCACGCCACAUUCAACAGCGAGAAGCUGCCAGAAGUGCUCAGUGCAGAUCGCCUGCCCGCACCACAAAGCGAGGGCCCCUCCAGUGUCGAGGGGAAGGACAUUGCCUUUCACACCCCUGUGUAUCCUGCGAGCAUCCUCCUAGUGUGCAACAACUGUGCUGCGUAUCGCAAGCUGCUGGAGGCACAGACACCUGGCAUGCGAAAGUGGGCGCUUCGUCGGCAGAACGAGCCCUUGGAAGUGCGGCUGCAGCGUCUGGAGCGGGAGCGCACAGCCAAGAAGAGCCGGCGGGACAAUGAGACUCCUGAGGAGCGGGAAGUGAGACGGAUGCGGGAUCGAGAAGCUAAGCGCCUGCAGCGCAUGCAAGAGACAGAUGAACAGCGGGCGCGACGGCUGCAGCGAGACCGGGAAGCCAUGCGAUUGAAACGUGCAAACGAGACCCCAGAGAAACGGCAGGCCCGGCUCAUCCGGGAACGUGAGGCCAAGAGGCUGAAACGGCGCCUGGAGAAAAUGGACAUGAUGCUCCGGGCACAGUUUGGCCAGGAUCCCUCUGCCAUGGCAGCUUUGGCAGCUGAAAUGAACUUUUUCCAGCUGCCAGUGAGCAAUGUGGAGCUGGAGAGCCAACUGCUGGGCAAAAUGACCUUUGAGGAGCAGAGCAACAGUACGCUACAUUGAGCUGCAGCCAAAGACUACCACCACUGCUGCGUCUGUCACAGGCAAACUAGCAGGCUUCUAUGCUCAGGAGGCUGUUGUGGGCUAGCUCUCCCCCACAGGUGGUUCCGAUUUUUUCCUGAACAUAGGAGGAGAACAGAGCUGAGAGAUGUCUGCCAAAGUAGCCCUGGUAGAAGCAGAUUCUGAGGAUACAGUUGGCUGUGGGGGUCAGCCACAGCCUGUGAACAGUGGGAAAAUAAAUUAAUGUUUCACA